AUGACGAAAGGUAUGGCUUGGCAUCAUGUUCCAACAGACUUGAAUCCGGCGGAUGUGGUAUCGCGCGGAUGUACCCCCAAAGAAUUGCUGGAGCACUCCCUUUGGGCAAGUGGACCUCCAUUUCUACUGAAAGGAGCGUCGAACUGCCCCUCCCUAUCAGAUGCAGUAAAAAACCUUCCGGAACGGCGUUCCACGGCGCAAAUUGGAACCGUUGGCACUGACAUAUCUAUCAACUGCAAGUUUCUCAACUCAUUCGACAGGUUGCAGCGUGCUUUCGCGUACAUUUAUCGAUUCAUUUCAAAUUGCAGAGCCAAAUCAUUACCUUCAACCAUCUAUCUUACCGUUGACGAGAUCAGCUUUGGAACCGUUCUGCUUCUAAGGAGCAUUCAACAGGUUCAAAUAGCGGUGGAGUAUGAGGUUCUUAGCCAAGGCAAGCCUUGUCCUCCGAAGAGCAAGUUGAUUUCUCUGAGGCCAAUACUUAGCUCUGAGGGUUUACUUCGUGUUGAUGGAAGGCUUCAAUAUGCAAGCUUGGACUACGAGUCUAAGCAUCCGAUAUUGUUACCCAAGGAUCAUCCGGUCACCAGGGCGAUUAUCGUCUAUUAUCAUGAGAAAUACUUCCACACAGGGCCACAGGCGUUACUCGCUGCUUUACGGCAAAGGCCACUUGGAGGCCGAAAGUUCGUGGCUAGCGUCAUCAACAAAUGCGUCAGAUGCUUUCGGAUGAAGCCUGUGGCUUGGGAACACGUGAUGGGUAGCCUGCCAGCAGAGCGAGUUCAGCCUCACCCAGCUUUUCACACCGCAGGAGUGGACUAUUGUGGACCAUUCUAUCACAAGUCAGAGGUCUGGAACAAAGCGCCCCACAAGUGCUACAUCGCCGUCUUCGUCUGCUUUUCGACGAAGGCCGCGCACUUGGAAGUCGUCCAGGAUCUCACAACGGAUUCUUUCAUUGCAGCUUUGAGAAGAUUCAUUAGCCUCAGAGGCAGUCCACGUACUAUUUGGAGUGAUAAUGCGACAAACUUUGUUGGCGCUAAACGAGAGCUAGCGGAACUGAAGGAGUUAUUUUUGAGCGAACUGCUUAGCGAAUGA